CUCUGCUUCCAGGAGAUUGGGAGAAGAUGCGGCUGAGCGGCCGGCACGGACCGACUGCUUAACGGGCCAGUCUUAGUCAUAGAUUUUCAUUUGCCUUUCUUUUUUAGUUUCUUGCCAAAUUUGCUGUUUGAUGUCGAACUGGAAGCGGAGCGGCGAAUGAAUUGAUACGCUGUAAAGGUAGAAGAAGAAGAAGAGAAAGAAGAAGAGCGAAAGAGUAAGGAAAGGAGUUUGGCAUCAUAUUGCACCGGAUGUCAUUAUACGCUUUUAAAUAUCGAGGACUGUAAUCUAUACCAAAGGCAGAGCCAUGGAGGCUGUAACACAUCUUGUGAAUGACACUGUAGAGUUUUACAAAUGGAGCCUUACUAUAGCAGACAAGAGGGUGGAGAAGUGGCCGAUGAUGUCCUCUCCCUUACCUACUCUGGCUAUCAGCUGCCUGUACUUGAUCUUCCUGUGGGCGGGACCUAGAUACAUGCAAGAUCGCCAGCCCUAUACACUCAGGAAGACCCUCAUAGUCUACAACUUCAGCAUGGUGGUUCUCAACUUUUACAUCGCGAAAGAGCUCCUACUAGGCUCCAGAGCAGCCGGGUACAGCUACCUCUGUCAGCCUGUCAACUACUCGAAUGAUGUCAAUGAAGUCAGGAUAGCCUCAGCUCUUUGGUGGUACUACGUCUCCAAAGGAGUGGAGUUCUUGGAUACAGUCUUUUUCAUACUGAGGAAGAAGUUCAAUCAAGUCAGCUUCCUCCACGUCUACCAUCAUUGCACCAUGUUCAUCCUCUGGUGGAUUGGAAUCAAAUGGGUCCCCGGUGGACAAUCAUUUUUUGGUGCAACCAUCAACUCUUCCAUCCAUGUCCUCAUGUACGGGUACUAUGGCCUGGCAGCCUUGGGACCUCAGAUGCAGAAGUACCUCUGGUGGAAGAAAUACCUCACCAUUAUCCAGAUGAUCCAGUUCCACGUAACCAUCGGCCACGCCGGCCACUCCCUCUACAGCGGCUGUCCAUUCCCCUGCUGGAUGCAGUGGGCCCUGAUUGGCUACGCUGUCACAUUCAUCAUCCUCUUCGCCAACUUCUACUACCACGCUUACCGACGCAAGCCUGCCUCUUUGCGGAAAGGAGGGAAGCCCAUCACAAAUGGCUCCUCCAUGGUGACUAAUGGUCAUAGCAAAUUGGAGGAGGAGGAGGAAGAGGAGGAGGAGGAGGAAGAGGACAACGGAAAGAGGCAAAAGAAAGGAAGGGCAAAAAGGGAUUAAAGAAGGAAAAAGGGGCUUGCUUUGCGAUAAAGCGGACAGUUGUUUUGUACGGGCCAGAGAAGAAAGGAGGGGAGGGUAGGGAUAAACAGAGAGUUCAAACCAGAUGAUCAUCCCUGCAAAUUAAGUGGAUGGAUGUGAUUUGGGACCAACUUGAUGAGGUGAAUGGGUAGCAGUGUGUAUUCAUGGGUGUGUCUGUAAAUGGUUCUGGUUUUGAGAGGACGAGUGUCGGAUGUCUCCAUAACAGUGUUUUGUUUUGUUUUGUUUUUUGUAAUCAAGAUAAGAAAAAUGCUGUUCAUGUAGGCCUCCCCGCUCCUCUGUCCAGCUCUGUUUUGGACCAUAUUAGGACCAAAAUAUAAAAGGGACUGCAACCUGCUCAGCAUCCACUUACUUGCAACCAGAAUUCACCUCCAACUUUUGUACUCUGGAGUCCAGCACUGUUUUAAAGCUUAAUAGUGUUUAAUAUGCUAAUUUAUUUUUUAGUGCUCUAAAAGAGUUUUAAUUAAUUUAACAGUUAAAUUAAAUUUCUUUUUGGUUGGGGAGGGGGGGGGGUAAUCAAUGUUUACAAAUAUUUAGUUGAGCUAAACAUGGUUAGCAAAAAAAAUAAAUAAAUAAAUCUCUACAAAACACUCACAUAUGCCAUCAGCUGUAUUUACCUAUUUUGCAGUCACCGGCUCCAUCUACCAGACAACAUGUAACGCACUUCACAUUUUAUCGUCAUUUCAGACUUAUAUACCUGUGCUGCAUUUACAGAGUGAUACACUGUUUUCUUUAUGUUCUUUGUGGAUUAAAAAGCUGUUUUUAAACACUUUGUGGGGGGAGGGUGAAAUUAGUUUUUUUAUAGAGUCAAUGCUAAUUUAUGAUUAUCUUUGUUAUAACACACUUUUGUGAGGGUCCUCAUGAUUUAAUUCUUUUUGCUGUGCAAUGUAGCUGAUGUGCAAGAAUAAGAGAUUGAUGUACAGCUCAGUAUUGUCUCACUGCCACGUAGGACUGAAGGGGAAACUCGUCUUGAAAAGAGCUUUUUCUUAAGGAAAAGAAUCGUCUUAUUAAAACAAAGGUGACACAGCUUUCCCUGGCUGCACAUGUAACUGAAAUAAAGACAGUGUCAGUAUCCCAUA